CGGUAUAGUUGGCGGUUACUUCGACUGUACAGCGAGCCAGGAACUGGGAAGGCACCAGAGCUAUGUGAUGUGAUCUAUUCUAUAUGUUCGUCGUCUCAUGAGUAAGAUUUUGCGAUUUACAAAUAAUAAUGAAAAUCAUUCCGUCUAUAUUUCGAAAGCUUUGACAUAUUUAAAACAAUCUGGGUGGUGCCAAUUGCAGUCGUUGUUAACUGAAUACUUUCAUAGUUCAGGGUUUAUUAAUUAGUCGCAGUUUCAGUUCGCUGCAGAUGAUGUUUACCCCAUGAAUCCUAAUUAAAGAACGUCCGAUUCUCGAGCCAUUUUAGAGUCUGUAGCUUGGUAUGCAGUUUUAAGGUGUAUUCGGUUGCUUUCACGACACAGUGCAGUCCUGCAUGAAGUUAUGAGUCGCAUCGUUUUAUACCGAUGUUAGUUCUUUAACGGAGACUGGAACGAACUUUGUGAAUUAUCUGGUCUUUCUUCACAAUCAAAGCAACAUGCGUAGCAUACACAAGCUCUUUGCCAAGAGGAUAAUUACUCUGUUUCAGUUCGGGAUAUAGAAAAUGUAAUGGAUUUUAUUAUUAAUAUGGUUUAAACCAUGUUCCGAAUUAUUGUCUUUAUUUGUUGCUGCAGAAACAGUGGCGUGAUACGCCGUAAACUAUUGGCAAGGGGGUACGCUCCGCUCGGUCGUCUCUGCAGCGUAGAGCGAGAGAGGGGCUGAGCUGGGGGAGGUGCCUCAGGCUGCUGACGUUAAAGGAAUCGGCAAAGCUGAUUUGUUCACAGGGAGCAGGGCGUCCGCGAGAAUUGCCCAGAAAAUAAACUACACACACACAAGAAGAAAAGCUCAGACCCGUUAUAUUAUUAUUCAUAUCGUAUCUGCGCAGCAGCUACCGAGGAGCCCCGUCUCUCCCUUGGAUACGUACAGCUUUUGACAAACAUCUGCCACUCACUCGGGAAUCGCUGCUCCGAAAAAGGACUUAUUGCUCGUUCACCGCAUUUUUUGCCUUUCUUUUACAUUUUUGAGGGGAAAUAAAAAGUAACAUUUCCACCAGAUACAUCUCUGUUUUUACAAAAGAUGCGAUGAAAAAGAGGAAAAAGUAUUCGACGUGAAGUUGGAAUAAUUCCGCUGGACGGAAAUCUUAAUGUUGCUGUUUAAAUUCAUUCAGGGUUGGUAAAGAUCUCCAUACUGUGUAAUGAUACAUUUGUUUACCACGUACGCAAGAAGCUGUACAACUGGGGGCACUUGCGUUUUUACACAUCGAGUUGAAUUACCUACGGCGCACCUGGAUUUGUAAUCUCGAACGUCAUUUUAAAACUUACGUCAAACUCUAUUUUUAUUUAAGAUAUCUGACAGAUCGAUUUGUGUGCUGAUGCCAACAGCCCCAGACUGCCUUCAUGGCCGGAUCAUGAAGUGUUUGACUUUCUUCCUUUUACUUCCAGAAACCCUGAAAAAAUCUAAAAAAGGUGGGAAACAUCCCAGCAAGCUGCCGGUAUGCUAUGAAAUUGUAACUCUAUCCUUGAAGAAGAAGAUGGCUGCAGAAUUGUACCCUGCCAGCACAAACACCAACCUCCCCAAUAACGGCACUACAGUGACUGCUACUAGCAAGAAAAACAUUGUCCAAGUCACACAGACUACUACCGCCGCUACGACUACCACCAACCAGCAAAAUAUCAACAAUAACAACGUAGAAACUUCUAACUGGCAGUCGUCUCACCCGACGCUGCGCGAGAGGAAUGCCUUAAUGUUCAAUAACGAACUCAUGGCCGAUGUUCAUUUCAUCGUUGGUCCCCCGGGUGAAUCACAGAAAGUACCGGCGCACAAGUAUGUAUUGGCGGUGGGCAGUUCCGUUUUCUGUGCCAUGUUUUAUGGGGAUCUUGCGGAGGGGGAGUCUGAAAUUCAUAUCCCAGAUGUGGAACCUGCUGCUUUUCUUAUCCUGUUAAAGUAUAUGUACAGUGAUGAAAUUGACCUAGAGGCUGACACAGUGCUGGCCACUCUGUAUGCUGCAAAGAAGUAUAUCGUGCCUGCCCUGGCAAAGGCUUGCGUCAACUUCCUGGAGACGAGCCUCGAGGCGAAGAACGCAUGUGUGCUGCUGUCCCAGAGCCGGCUGUUUGAGGAGCCGGAGCUCACGCAGCGCUGCUGGGAGGUCAUAGACGCGCAGGCCGAGCUGGCGCUCAAGUCCGAGGGCUUCUGCGAGAUCGACCUGCAGACCCUGGAGAUCAUCCUGACGCGGGAGACCCUCAACACCAAGGAGGUGGUGGUCUUCGAGGCCAUUGUGAACUGGGCCGUAGCCGAGUGCAAGCGACAAGGGCUGGGGGUGACCACCCGCAACAAGAGGAACGUCCUGGGCAAGGCGCUGUACCUGGUCCGGAUACCCACCAUGACACUGGAGGAGUUCGCCGACGGGGCCGCCCAGUCGGACAUCCUGACGCUGGAGGAGACGCACGACAUCUUCCUGUGGUACACGGCGGCCAAUAAGCCGGAGCUGGGCUUCCCCCUGGCGCAGAGGAAGGGGCUGGCCCCGCAGCGCUGCCACCGCUUCCAGUCCUCGGCCUACCGCAGCAACCAGUGGCGGUACCGGGGCCGCUGCGACAGCAUCCAGUUUGCCGUGGACAAGCGGGUCUUCAUCGCGGGGCUGGGCCUGUACGGGUCCAGCGGCGGCAAGGCCGAGUACAGCGCCAAAAUCGAACUCAAGCGCCAGGGGGCGACCCUGGCGCAGAACUUGACUAAGUUCGUAUCGGACGGGUCCAGCAGCACCUUCUCGGUCUGGUUCGAGCACCCGGUCCAGGUGGAGCAGGACACGUUCUACACGGUCAGCGUGGUCCUGGACGGGAACGAGCUCAGCUACUUUGGGCAGGAGGGCAUGACGGAGGUGCAGUGUGGGAAGGUGACGUUUCAGUUCCAGUGCUCCUCGGACAGCACCAAUGGGACAGGGGUUCAGGGGGGACAGAUCCCGGAGCUGGUGUUCUAUGCAUGAGUCAUGCAAGCGUGUGCGUCCAUAUUUAACUGCAUUCCACCACUGCUAGAGAAGCACAUGGGGAGGAAGUCCAAACAGUUUUUGCCUUCUUAAUAAUGUAGCAGUAAGAAACUAUGUAACACUAAAAGCCUGUUAGUUUUUUUGACAGACUGUCAAGAUUUUAAGUGAAGGAAUGGCUCUUCAACUAUUUAUUUGAAAAAGAACUGAUAUUUGAUUCUAAUUAUUAAUGCUGCGGCAUGCAGUUAUGUGUAAAAAGUUGUGUUGCACUUCUAGUGGAUGACUCCCGUUAGUGCAUUGUGUUUUGUACAUAAAUUAAGGCUAAUUUGUUCACAGCUUGAAGCUGAUUGACAAAAGAAAUGUUCUGUAUUAGAGCUUAUGAACCUGCAAAUCAUAAAAGUUUUUAUGUGGCUAAA